AUGUCGCAGUACGAACGCGCCGAGAUUCGCCGCGUUCACCGUGACGGCACGGCAACGGUCGAGUACAUCAAGAGUGGCAAGACAGAAAAGCGCGUGGCCAAGCUCAAGCACACAGACCGCGACGAGAGAGACGAUGAGAGCCCCCCCCGACGCCCCCCCGAGUGCAUGGACCGUCGGCCAGAACGUCCAAGUGCGCAAUCUCGACAACCCCAGCGUCUAUGA